CCGAGCGGUCACGUGCGUGGUGGGCGGGGUCACGUGGGCGGCGAUGGCGAGCGGUCGGGGUGCGCCGUGGGGCUGCUGUUGCUGCCGCUGCUGUUGCGGGGAGAGAGAGGGCCGCAGUCCGGAGGAACUGACUAUUCUGGGAGAGACACAUGAGGAAGAGGAUGAAAUUUUACCACGCAAAGAUUAUGAGAGUUUGGAUUAUGAUAAGUGCAUCAAUGAGCCAUAUUUGGAGGUGCUGGAAACACUGGAUAACAAGAGAGUCAGGAGAUAUGAGGCUGUGAAAUGGAUAUUGGUAUUUUGUAUUGGAGUCUGCACUGGUUUGGUUGGGCUCUUUAUCGAUUACUUUGUUCAUCUCUUCCAAAGUCUCAAGUUUCAAAUUAUUGGGCGAUCGGUGGAAGAUUGCAGCGAAGGAGGCUGUCUUGUGCUCUCCCUCCUUGAAAUUCUGGCAUUCAAUAUUGGUUUCAUCUUCUUGGCCAGCCUGCUGGUGCUGAUUGAGCCCAUUGCAGCUGGAUCUGGAAUUCCUGAAAUCAAAUGCUACCUAAAUGGGGUGAAGAUUCCUGGGAUUGUCAGGCUGCGGACCCUGGUCUGCAAAGCACUGGGUGUGCUCUUUUGUGUGUCCGGAGGAUUAUUUGUGGGGAAGGAGGGCCCAAUGAUUCACAGUGGAGCUGUGGUGGGAGCAGGGCUACCUCAGUUUCAGAGCAUCACUUUCCGCAAGAUCCAGUUCAACUUCCCUUAUUUCCGCAGUGACAGGGACAAGCGAGACUUUGUCUCGGCAGGGACAGCAGCAGGAGUUGCUGCAGCCUUUGGGGCUCCGAUUGGAGGGACACUCUUCAGUCUGGAGGAAGGAUCCUCUUUCUGGAACCAGGCACUAACCUGGAAAGUGCUCUUCUGUUCAAUGUCUGCCACCUUCACGCUGAAUCUGUUCCGCUCAGGUAUCCGCUACGGGAGCUGGGGCUCCUUCCAAUUGCCAGGGCUGCUUAACUUUGGUGAAUUCAAGUGUGCAGAUGGAGACAAGAAGUGCCAUCUGUGGACGGCGGUGGAUCUAGCAUUCUUCAUUAUCAUGGGCUUGAUCGGUGGACUUCUGGGAGCAUUGUUUAACUGUUUGAAUAGAAGGUUGGCAAAGUACCGCAUGCGAAAUGUACACCCAAAGGCUAAGUUUGUCCGGGUCCUGGAGAGUCUGUUAGUUGCUAUGGUUACAACGAUGGUCAUUUUUAUAGCCUCUGUGACUUUGGGAGAGUGUAGGGAGAUCCCUUCGCGCACACACAGCAACAAUGUAACACAGCAGCCAGCUGAGGAGGAUGUGAAUUCCAGCAUCAAAACCUUUUUCUGUCUCAAUAAUACCUAUAAUGACAUGGCUACUUUGUUCUUCAACCCACAAGAGACUGCCAUACUCCAACUAUUCCAUCAAGAUGGAACCUUCAGUCCUGUCACUCUGAGCAUUUUCUUUGUUCUUUACUUUAUUCUGGCCUGUUGGACAUAUGGUUUAUCUGUCCCCAGUGGACUCUUUGUGCCCUCGCUGCUCUGCGGUGCUGCCUAUGGUCGACUUGUGGCAAACAUUCUGAAAACGUACAUCGGGAUGUCUCACAUCUAUUCUGGAACUUUUGCUUUAGUGGGAGCUGCUGCAUUCCUUGGGGGUGUGGUUCGUAUGACCAUCAGUCUCACCGUCAUUCUCAUUGAAUCAACCAAUGAAAUCACAUAUGGAUUGCCCAUCAUGGUCACAUUGAUGGUGGCAAAGUGGACUGGAGAUUUCUUCAAUAAAGGAAUUUACGACUUGCAUGUGGCACUUCGGGGUGUCCCAUUGCUUGAAUGGGAGACUGAGGCUGAAAUGGAUAAGUUGACAGCCAGUGAUAUCAUGGAACCAAAUCUAACCUACGUCUAUCCCCAUACCCGGAUCCAAUCAUUAGUCAGUAUUUUGCGCACCACAGCACAUCAUGCAUACCCUGUCGUCACGGAAAAUAGAGGGAAUGAGAAUGAAUUCAUGAAGGGAAACAUCCUCAUCAGCAACAAUAUUAGGUUUAAGAAAUCAAGUGUAUUGACUCGAGCUGGAGAACAAUACAAGCGGAGCCAGUCAAUGAAAUCCUACCCAUCAAGUGAGCUGAGGAAUGUUUGUGAAGAACUGGUGAACACAGAGGUCGCUGAGGACAGAGAGGACAUUUUACAACAGAUGCUGGAGCGUAGACACGUCCCGUAUCCAAAUCUCUACCCUGACCAGUCUCCGAGUGAGGACUGGACAAUGGAGGAGCGCUUUCGACCGUUAACUUUUCAUGGCAUUAUUCGGAGAUCGCAGCUGGUUACCUUACUCGUACGUGGGGUUUGCUACUUAGAGACCCAUUCAAGUUCAACGCAACCACGGCUAUCGUACUCUGAAAUGACCGAAGAUUAUCCACGAUAUCCUGAUGUUCAUGAACUUGAUCUGACUCUCCUCAAUCCUCGCAUGAUUGUGGAUAUCACACCGUACAUGAAUCCUUGUCCAUAUACAGUCUCGCCAAGCACACACGUGUCUCAGGUCUUCAACCUGUUUCGUACCAUGGGACUGAGGCACCUACCGGUGGUCAAUGCAGUAGGAGAGAUUGUUGGAAUCAUCACAAGACAUAAUUUGAGCCACGAUUUUCUAUUGAUGAAACUGCGACACCACAACAUGACAAUCUGAUUCUCGCCCUCAUGGUGCAACAUUCCCGACACCUCUGCCUCGCAUUGCAAAGGCAAUGAUUUUCGAGGCCAUCUGAAAAGGCAGGACAUUCUUUGGCAUUAGUCCUCUCACCCAUCUGUCCAUGAACAAUUGCUGAAGGGUGUAUGUCCCCAGUCGUUAGCCUAUAUAGUUUGCUUAUCUGUUCAGUCCGUGGCUCGUUCGCUCGCUCGUGUGUCAGACGAUGUAGCUCGCUGUUGGCUUCUGUCGUCGUCCAACAUGUUGACAGAAUUGUUGCCCGACGCGUUACAGAGCGCAUCGCGUCGUCGCUUCCAGGGAUCGCCACGAGGAGGAUUCUGUCAUGAUCACUAAAUGUUUCCGUGGCUGAAUGUUAUUAAUUGUGGAGCUAGUUUGUUCUCAAGUGAGGCAGGCAGCAGUGAAAGGGAAUGAUUUAUUCUGAGGUAAAUUACUACAGUUUGGACCUCCCUCAGGCCUGAGAAUUUUGUCACAAGGGCAGUCGAUUGAACACUGUGUGGUAUUUGGGAGAUGGUUGACGCUGCAUUUUCUCGUAUCAAAAGGACGUCUCAAAACAUGAAGCACCAACUAUACAGUAAAUGGAGUAAUUUACUAAUGGAAACACAAGGAACUGCAGAAUCUGGAAUAAUGUGCAAAGUGCUGUAGGAUCUCUGGGUCAGGCAGCAUCUGUGGAGAGAAUGGACAGGCAACAUUUUGGGUCAGGAGCCUUCUUUAGACUGCGGUCUCCAGUCUGAAGAAGGGCCACGACCCGAAACAUUGCCUGGACAUCCCCUCCACAGAUGCUGCCUGGCCCACUGAGUCACUCCAGCAAUUUGAGUUUUGCACAAUUUGCCAAUGGAAUUAUUGAGAAAUAGAUUGAUAUUUCUGUCAGUUUGUUUUUAACACUAAAUUUGUGAAUUAACUGAAUAAUGUACUUCAGAUAAAUUUGUCGCUUGGCACACUCAGGGGUUCGGUUUAUUAAAAAACGCAGACAGUAAAUUCUCGUAAUACAGUUUCCAGUUAAAUGGAGCGAGAGUUGACCAUGUAAAAAGCGGAUGUCUUAUUGAUAUUUACCUUAGGACUGUCCUUAUGCUAAAAUUCUCCGGGGUUCUCCAUGCCCUUGUGAGAAUCACUCACAAGGGCGACAACACCAGCGAAAGCACGGGCAUUAAUGAAGAUAUUCUCUGACCCAAGGUUCAAACCUGAGCCAUCUGUAUCCCAAGAGCAUAAUAUAAUGUCAUAACAAUAUUGAAUAACAUAGAGGAAAGUGGGUCACCCUGCUUCACCCUAAAUAAGAAUGCUCCCGGUCCUAAUUUUUGCAUGUUCAAUAAAAGUAUCCAUGUUCAUAUCAACCCCCAUCCUGCCAAGAGUUUUAACACCAUUGAGAUCAAUAAAAACCAUGGCUGGAUUUUUGUGAUUCUUCUUGGCCCCUGUUAUUAAGGGAUUUAAAAUGGCAAUAUUUUGAUUACAACUGGGGGUGCUGUGACAAAUCUGUUCUGACUAAUCUGUUCUGACGAGGGUGAGCGAAUUAGCUAGUCAUUUGGCUCAGAUUUUAGGAAAAUCUCUCCACGCAUGUUUCAUUUGAGCAGCUGAGAAGUGGAACAGCACAGGAAUUUUAAAAGGCAGCAGUCAGCAUCCUGGGGUGACUGCUCCUAGUGGUGUAUAAAAGGAAGGCAUGUACUCGCAGAGUGGCCAUAUUGUGAGAGGCUGUGUUGAGGUGCAAUGAUUUGUUGAAGGUAUUGACUUGUGAGUCUUCUGUGAGGAGGCUGAGGAGAGGCUGUCGGCAAGACAGGGCAGUGUUUUCUUUUGUGUAACUCUUCCUUGUUAGUGCAGUAGAGAUGACAUUUAGGGCACUUGAAUGCUCCUCCUGCAGGAUGUUGGAAGUCAGGGAUACUUAUAGUAUCUCUGAGGACCACACUUUGGGAUCUGACUGCAGGAACUGGAGCUGUUACUGGUCAACCUCACUAUUAUCUAGGAGAAUUAGAACAUAUUUGGUAGGUGUUAUGAUGAGGUGGUCAUGCAUUGGGCACAGACAGCAAGUGGAUGGUAAAAGGAGUAGGCAGCAACUACUGUGCAAAUUUGACACAAAUUACAUGGGUAGCAAAAGAUAUGAAAUAGAUAGAUUGAAUAUUGAGCAAAGGAUUAAAAGAGACUCGAGUGCAGUGAUUUCCAGAUUACUCCCAGUGUCACGUGCUAUUAAGGGUAGGACUAGAAAGAUAGGUGAUGAACUCGGUGUGGCUGGGACGUUAGAGCCAUUACUGAGAUCUGACUAAAGGAGUGACAGGUUGCAGAUGAUACUAAAGUAGAUGAAAUCUUAGAUAGUGAUAGUGGGGAUCAAGAGUUACAGCAGGAUCUUGAUCAGCUGUGCAAGUGGGUUAAGGAAUGGCAAAAGGAGUUUAUUUCAGGUAAGUGUGAGGUGUUGCAUUUUAGGAAAUCAAACCUAGGCCCUUCCUUCACAGUGAACAGUAGGGCUCUGGGGAUUGUUGCAGUGCUGAGCUAUCCAGGCGUACAAGUACAUAGUUCCCUGAAAGUGGCAUCACAGGUAGAUAGUGUGGUGACAAACGGGGUACUGAUGGUGGAUGAUCAGCCAUGAUCACAUUGAAUGCUGGCUCGAAGGACCGAAUGGCCUACUCCUGCACCUAUUGUCUAUUGUUUAUUGUCUAUUGACAAAGAUUGGCCUUCAUCAGUUAAGGUAGUGAGGAUAGAAGUUGUUUUAGUUGUACAAUGUGUCGGUGAGGCUGCACAUGGAGUAUUGUGUUUAGUUUUGGUCCUCCUGCUUUAGAAAAUAAAUAAUUUAGCUGGAAAGAGUGCAGAAAAAAAUUGUGAGGAUGUUGCCAGGACUAGGGAGACGUAGUGCAGGCUAGGAGUUUAUUUCUUGGAGCUCAAGAGGCUUAAGGGGUGAUCUUAUCAUGAAGGGAACACACUGGGUGAAUGCACAAUUUUUCCCCUGAGAGUUGUGGAAAUCAAAAACAUAAGGCUUAGGUUUAAAGUGAGUGGGAAAUAUUUACUAAGAACCUGAGGGGCAAUAUUUUUCAUGCAGAGUGGGUAGAUAUAUGGAAUGAGCUGCAAGAGGAAACAGUUGGGACAGAUACCAUAACAUUUAAAAUACAUUUAGACAGAUACAUGGAUUGGAAAGGUUUAGAGGGAAAUGAUCCAAACGUGGUGAAUGGAACAAGCUUAGAUGGGGCAUCUUGGUUGGCUUGGACGUGUUUGGCCAAAGGGCCUCAUGAUUUUAAUAUAUUAAAAUUGUGGUUAGAGAAAUUUCUGUUGUUAGUUACCAUGACAGAUUGGUCUGAAGCUUGCCAUCAUGCAGUUACUGUAAUUUCCAUGGUAAAGCAGUUGGUGGAGCUGGACAUCAAGUUAUAACAAUACAUGCAAAUAAAGUAUUGCAUUUUAGCACUACAUUAGAAUUUUUAUUUUUUUAUUUUUGGUUAUAGUUGUAAUUGCAACGGAUUUCUCCCUUGCCGUGAAGGAGAAGAGAGGCUAAGGUGAUGGAAGAUAAAUUAACUGUUAAUGUGCAAAAGAAUACACUAAAAUUGCUGGGAAUAAGUGAGAAAAGGGAGCUGCUGGUUGAUGUUUUGUGUGAAGGAAGCUAGUGAUUCGACCAUCUCUGCCACUCUGUCUUGGCUGGUGUUACUGUUUGAGCUGAGCCUCCACCACCACCUCCAUUAGUUUAAGGGAAGUGAGGUUUGGGAGAGUAUCGAGGCAGGGUUAUUCUUCUGUUUUAUACAACUGAAAGACAAUGCCAAUUGAAAAAUGAACUGGACCAAUGAAAGGUUAAACCACACAAAGGAAACCUCUGAGCUGCUGGAUCAUAAAAUGAAAGGGAAAAUUUGAGAUGCCACACGAAGGCUAUUGUUCUCAAUUCCCUUUUAAAUUCUGUUUUUUUUAAUAGGGUUUUUUGUCUUCGAUUAUAGAAUUUUAAAAGUAAUUUGGGACAUUAUGUGUUUUUAUUAGAAGUCUUAAGUUUUAUUUUCAGUAUGUUCAUUGCACUUAAUCUGCCAUGACUGUCACCUAACAUCAUUUGAUACAAGUUUAUUGUGCAGUCCUUGUGGGAUCUGUACCCUGUGUAAAAAUAGCCAUUGGUACCAACAGUAUUUACAUUUUCAUGUUUCAGAUAUACUUAUGGUGUGUGAGCUAUGGGCCAUCUGCAAGAAUCAAAAGCAAAAUAUCAUUACAUUAAUAAUGGGUCCAGAUGAUUACUGCUGCUUAUUACAAAGCAGUUCUGUUUUUUGAUAUGGGACAAUGUAGAAUUCCUGGGAACCUGGGUUGUUAUUUGGGUGAAUCCCAGCCUGGUUUCUGAGCCAGAGAAUAACUUUAUUUUUAACACGGUUUUGUGAUGCUUAAAUUAGGCUGGAUCUACUUUCUAUAGAUUUGUCAUGUCAGCACCUAGUUGCACCAGCCCUCCACAAAAUCCCCCCUAAUUCUCGCAGACACCCAAAGUUGCAGCAUAACUUUGGAUUGUCUAAUUGUUGCCCCCAUUUAUGGCAUCACCUAUCCUUCAUCCAUUCACUUACCAUGUAGCAUUGGAAUCAAAUGCGUCUUCAUGCCAGGUUCCAGUAAUUCAUUAACAUUUGCAACGGCUGAAAACGGUUCCUGAAUCUUCAGGCUUGCAGCAUUUCAAAGAAUGCAAAAAAUGACUUCCUGGUGAGUAAGGAAGGCAGCCAUGGGUUCCAGUUUCUACCAAUGUUACAAUUGUCUGUGAAGCCUUGAAUACUCAGAAUGAUGGAUAUUAAGUUGCUGCCACCAGAAUAUUAUAUUGUUGUGUUUGCACUUAUUAUUUUAUGCAUUAAUUGUUUCACAUCAGAAAGCUUCUGAAGCCAAAUGUAAUUCUCAUUUUUUUUAAUUCCAUGUUUUUAAAUGUUCUGUUCGUAUCUUUUAUUUUUAAGAUUAGGUGACAGUAAAAUAAAACAUUCCCAUUUGUGGUGU